AAUAUUCCAACUACAUCGCUUUUGCUUACCCUGAACUGGCGUAAACCAAAGCCCUGGCUUUGGUCCUUCGCUAGGGUUUGGGGAUUCGCCAUUUCCCAUUUCGUCUCUUCUACGCUUUCUAUCUUCACCCUCUUACUCACCCCUACAAAUUCCAAUGAUCUUCUUCGCUCGCUUCUACACUUUUCAACUUCAAAGGGAAAUUCAAUGCAGCUGUUUUUGAGUUGUUUCAUGUGAUCUCUGUGGUUCUGGUUCGGUUUAUUGGGGAUCUUGAGAGGAUUUUGCUGAAGGCUGUGUCUCUGUAACAAUGCCUGCUACGGAUAAUCAGGGGUCUUCUUCGUCGUUUUCCUCGUUCGGCCGUUCAAUAUUUGGUGUCAGGCAGGAGCAGGUUCAUUCUGUGGAAGCAAGUCAUGAACCUGAUUCCUGUAAUUUGGAGCUUGGAUCAUUCCAAAAGCGUGUUACAGAUCGGUUUCAAGACCUUUCUGUGGCUAGUGAUGAGGAAUUUCUCUCGACUAAUUGGAUUCAGAAGCUCCUCAGUGCAUUUAUCAGUUGCCAAGAGGAAUUUGGAGCCAUUCUGUUGAAUAACAAAGAGCUGGUCACAAAACCCCCACUGGAUCGCAUGAUUUCUGAAUUCUUUGAGCGUUCAGUGAAGGCACUUGACAUUUGCAAUGCAAGUCGAGACGGGAUUGAGAAGAUUCGCACAUGGCAAAAGCAUCUGGAAAUUGUCUUCUGCGCCUUGGGUUCAAGUAAGAGAGCAUUAACUGAAGGCCAGUUCCGGAGGGCGAGAAAGGCAUUGAUGGAUUUAGCAUUGGCAAUGCUUGAUGAGAAAGAGUCUGGAUCAGUUUUUUCCCAGCGUAAUAGGUCUUUUGGGAGACACAACUCUAGCAAGGAUCAUAACUCCACCGGGCAUUCAAGAUCGCAUUCGUGGAGUGUCUCUCGAUCCUGGUCUGCAGCCAAGCAAUUACAAUCCAUAGCAAAUAAUCUUGCGCCACCGCGUGCUAAUGAGAUCGCUGCAACAAGUGGCCUUGCGAUACCAGUUUAUACAAUGAGCUGUAUUCUCCUGAUGGUCUUGUGGACUCUUGUUGCAGCCAUUCCUUGCCAGGAUAGGGGUCUAAGCAUUCAUUUUUCAUUCCCACGGCAGUUAUCCUGGAGCACUCCAGUUAACCUGCUUCAUGAACGGAUCACAGAGGAGUCGAAGAAGCGAGAGCGCCGGAACUCGAAUGGUUUGCUGAAGGAGAUAUAUCAAGUUGAGGUAAGCACCCGCCGCUUGACUGACCUGAUAGAUUCAGCUCAGUUUCCGUUGGCAGAUGAUCAGAAAGCAGAAGUUGAACGCGAUGUGAUGGAGCUACUGCGUGCUUGUGAAGCUUUUAGAAAUGGUUUGGAUCCGUUGGAGCGUCAAGUGAGGGAGGUCUUCCGGAAGAUAAUGACAUGUCGAACUGAGGGGCUUGAUUACCUUGGCGCCUCAAGCUAUACAGAACAGUGAUAAUGGUGGGUUGUUGAUGAGCUAUCAGAUGUACAAAUUUGCGGGACAUGUAUAUUUUGCAUCUUACCAGCUUUUUUUGAGGGGAGGAAUGACUCAGCAUGAUAAGCAGAUAAAUGUUUUAGAACUCUUAUAAUGCAUUGUAUUAAUCUCAGUACUUGUGUAAAAAAAAAAAUUGGUCAGUUACGUGUUAAAUAUUUUUUAGUUUCUUUGCUUAA